CACAACUCACUCAGAACAAGUCAUUCAAUGGCACAAUGAAACCUACCACAGCAUCUGCCCGGACUAGGCAGCUUGGGAACUAUAUCUGUAGUAGCUGCAGCCAUCAAUUACGACGACAAAGACGAGGCUAUGCCUCCGUGACACAAUCCAUCAAACCAUCCAUCUACGAUGUGGUCUGCGUAGGCGGAGGGCCCGCAGGACUCAGUCUUCUGGCAGCUCUACGCUCUUCCCCUGCAACAGCCAACCUCAAAGUCGCCUUGGUCGAAAGUCAAGAUCUCAGCAAAACACGCGACUUCUUGCUCCCCCCGAAUCAAUUCUCCAAUCGAUGUAGCUCUCUCACUCCGUCAUCGGUACGUUUUCUUGAUACGAUUGGUGCCUGGAAACAUGUGAAGAAGGAAAGAGUGCAAGGGUACACUGAGAUGCAGGUUUGGGAUGGGAUAUCCGGGGCGAGGAUUGAGUUUGAUUGGCACGCAGAGAAAGAGGCUGGAAGGGGAGAGAGGCCGAUUGCUUUUAUGAAUGAGAAUCUUAAUCUCACUUCCGGGCUGCUGAAGAGGAUUGACGAGUUGGGGGGCGUGGAAAUCAUGGACAGGGAGAGGGUUGAGAAUAUUGGGUUUGGGGAGGAGAGCGAGGAGGUGGAUUUGAGAAUGUGGCCUGUGGUAGAAUUGAAUGGUGGGAGACGACUUGCCGCCAGGUUGCUGGUUGGUGCAGAUGGGGCAAACAGUCCUGUGAGGGCGUUUUCUGGGAUUGAGAGUCGAGGAUGGGAUUAUGAAAGGCAUGGGGUUGUCGCUACGCUGGAGACGGAGGGGAGUGGAUGGGGAGGAGAUGCGUCCAAGACGGCAUACCAACGAUUCCUGCCUACGGGCCCUGUGGCAAUGCUCCCUUUACCAGGAAACUACUCCACUUUGGUUUGGUCAACUACGCCAGCACUGGCAGCACAUCUGAAGACGCUGAGCCCAAAAGACUUCAUUGCUAUGGUCAAUGCAGCUUUCAGGUUAUCACCGGUCGACCUUGCAUAUAUGCAUACGCAAGCUUCAGGCCAAGCCGACGAGUUCUCUUGGAGAGCACAACACACGGAGUUUGAUAUGCAACGGAUUCCUCAGAAGGCGGUGGGUGUACAAGAAGGCAGCAUAGCAUCUUUCCCCCUGAAGCUACGUCAUGCAGACACAUAUAUCGGCGAACGUGUCGCUCUCGUUGGAGACGCUGCGCAUACUAUACAUCCACUGGCGGGUCAGGGACUGAACCAGGGGCAAGGAGAUGUUGAAAGUCUGGUAAAGACUAUCGAAUUUGCUGUCACUCAUGGCCAGGACAUUGGAGUCGAAAUGUCUUUAGAGCAGUAUAAUGUGGAGAGAUAUGCAGCAAAUAAUAUGCUGCUGGGAGUAUGUGAUAAGCUGCACAAGCUUUAUACAGUUGAGAGUGGCCCUUUGGUGGGGUUGAGGAGUAUUGGGCUGAGGGCCAUCAACUCUCUGGGUCCAUUGAAAGCGUUUUUGAUGGCGCAAGCUGCUGGGACUGGAGUCAAGAUACUAUAGCAUUACAAUAUAAGAUAAUGACGUCUUGUGGAGGAUAAGAUGUGUGGCAGAAUCCUCAUUGUCGGUUCAUCCUUUGCUCGCUUCGGAGAGUUCUUCAUCACUGCUUCUGGGAACUGGAGAGAUGAGCAUCUUUACGCACACGCUGAUCCCAGCGACUCCCAUUUUG